AUGUCCACUUGGGUGUGCGAGUGUGCAAAUCUGAUGGUGCGUAUCUCGAAGGCGUCGGGGACGCACACACGCUUACAACGCGGCUUCGUUAUGCAGCACUAUGAUGGAGAUGUUAGAGAUGGGUGUGGGGGCCUCACCUCCGCCUCCGGUGCGGUUCACGUCUAUCGACCCAUUCGGAGCGAAUUUCCUCUAACCUGCAUUGCGCGCAAACUUAAAAGUCGCCCACCAUGGGGCAUACGGCCGCACACACAUACACACGCACCCAUACACUCGUGCUAG